CAGAUGGGUGUUUUCGCGGUUCACCCCUGUGUGUGAUUUCACUGUUAGCAGCACUGGUCUGUGUCACUUUGGGGAUGUUAAAUGACCUUCUUAUUUAGCGUUGUCCCAUACCAACAUACAGUGUUUUGUAACGUAAGGGUGUCCCACGUGUUGCAGACACAUACAGUGCAAUCUUUCCGUCCAUCAGCUAACGCUAGCAACCAAAACUAGCGGUCCAAUUUUGGUCGUCAGUGACACUGAGCGACAGUAAAGCGCGCAAAGCGUGUACAACUUCGGGUAGGCGAGUCUGAGCUCCCCGUCACCCGGCAUUAUGAGCGAAUAUUUCUCUCUUUCAGACUGUGAUGUGAUUGGUUUCGAUUUGGACCAUACUCUAUGUCGAUACCAUUUGAAGGAGACAUCCAGGCUGAUAUAUGAAAGCUUUGCUAAGUAUUUGGUGGAACAUAAAGGAUAUGACAAAGAUCUUUUGACCCUCAGUCCAGCAGACUGGGAUUUUUGUUUUAAAGGAUUAGUGUUGGACUUUGAGGAUGGAAACCUUGUAAAAUUGGCACACGAUGGAACAGUUUUGAGGGCAACCCAUGGAACCAAUGAGCUCAGCACAGAAGACUUACUGAAACACUAUGGCCCAAAGAAAGAGUGGAAGCAUUUCAAUAGCCUUAACACAUCGUACACACGCUCGGCAAAAUACUAUUUCUAUGACAACUACUUUGACCUCCCUGGAGCAUUACUCUGUGCAAGAGUUGUCGACAUGCUUCACAAGCGUGGAAAUGAGGUGACAUCUGAGUUUUGGAAAGACAUGCUGGCUGCCAUCGAUCACAACUACAACACUUCAGCAUUCAGAGAGGAUGCUGGGACGUACUUCCCCAGGGUGAAGCGGGACCCGGGUCGCUACCUGCAGCCCUGCUCGGAGGCGGUGAAGGGCUGGCUGCGCCGCAUGAAGAACGCCGGCAAGGUGGUCCUGCUCAUCACCAGCUCCCACAGCGACUACAGCAGACUGGUGUGCGAACACAUCCUGGGGAAAGACUUUGAGGAGCUGUUCGAUGUCAUAAUCACCAAUGCCUUGAAGCCCGGCUUCUUCUCGCUGGUGCCCCACCAGAGGCCUUUCCGGACACUGGUGAAUGACAUGGAGGACAGUGAGGGUCUUCCGGCGCUGGACAAGCCUGGCUGGUACUCCCAGGGAAACUGGCCCCAUCUCCUCGAGCUGCUCAAGACCAUGACAGGAAAGCAGGAUCCCAAGGUGGUGUACUUCGGAGACAGCAUGCGCUCGGACAUGUUCCCGGCCAGCAGCUACGGGAAGUGGGAGACGGUGAUGAUCGUGGAGGAGAUGGAGGGCGAGGGAGUCCCCAGCGGCAUGCCGCCCAGGAGCAGCAGCACCGAGGCCCCCACGGAGCCCCAGGAGAAGAAGGGGAAAUACGAGGACCAAGGCAUGAAGACUCCCUCGGCCUCCUCCGAGCAGUGGGGAUCGUACUUCGUGGACGUGCCCAAGAACGCCGCUGCAGGGGAGCAGGAGGGGCUCAAACUGAGCUGGUGUACCCACAGCAUCCACACGUACAGCACCAUGGCCAUACCCAGCGUGGAGACCAUCGCAGAUCUUCCUCUGGACUACAAAUUCCCACGGUUCUCUCCCGAUAAGCCCAGUACGACAGGCUACUACCCUCGCCCCCCUGACUCCCUUCUGAAGUGGGAUCAGAGCAACCCCUCGGUCUGACCCCAUCAAUCCCAGCGCUUGAGUCCGGCGUGGGGCCUCCAAGAUGGCCGACUGCCCUGCAUUAACUCUCCCCUCCUAUCCCUCCACCCCUCUCAUCUCCCUCUGGAGCGCGUAGAUAGAUAGAAAACCAUGUGAAUGUACUGCCAUCGUAAAGCGAAUACGCAUCUCUGUGUUAGGUCUGUUUUAGACUUUUCCUGUCAUCCUAUUCGGGGGGAAAAAUAAGACUUGUUUUGUGUGUGUAUGUGUGUUGGAGUGUUGCCUUAACACUCUGAUGGAUCAACUGUCAAGUACCUCCUGGUUCAAGACCUUGAAAUUGCAAUGGAGUUCUCAAACUGUUUAAAACUUAAUUAUCUGCAUACAACCAUUACUUAAUUCUGCACUAUGUUGGUUGGUGUGUUUGGGUUUGCCUUCUGUUUAUUUGAAUUGCUGAUAACUCCAUCCAUAAACCAUAACCAAGCACUAACUUGGAUUACAUUAAUUUCGGGUCGUUUUUUGUCUUUCUUUUCAAACCUGUUGUGUUAUACAGUAUGCCUUGUUUACCAUUUGAUUCAAGUACCUCAUGAUGCCUUAAUCAUGAAUAAAAAAUACUCAUUGUAUUGAUUAUUUUAAAUCUUGCACAGUGUAUGCCAUGAUUGGAUGUUUGCGUUGGAGAUAUAUUGUGUUACACAAAAGCUCCAUUCAGUAAUAAUAACUCAUUCCUUUGCGUCUGCCAUAAUUGGAAAUGUUUGUGAACUUACAAAUAUGUGUGAUCACGUCAGUCAUUCAUCUCGAAGUUGACUUAAAAAAUUAAGUUACAUGUGGAGAAAAAAAAAAGUUGAAAAGCUUGUCAGUGUGUACUGUAUUGUUAUAGUAUAAUGUACUGUUGAGUGACUAACUGUACUGUAUAUCUGUGGGAUAAAUAUGUGCCAUAUUUUAUGCAGAAGCAAUGUCAGCUGUGUUUUAACUGACCACUGAAUGAAGUUGAAUGUUUCUUUUUUCAUUAUUGGUUUGAACGAGAGCUGACUCCUAGGUCGUGGCUUUAUACAGUAUGUAUUGGUUGAAGCAGCUCUUGGCAAAUAAGCACAGUUAAAAGCCAAAAUGAGGUGAACACGUUUUGUCUAAAACAUUUUUUUUUAUAUUUUGUGUGUAUGAGUUUGAUUAGCUAUUAGUUGCUGUUUCAUUGGUGUUAUAUCCUGCUCUUCUCUCUCUCUCUUUCUUUUUUAGUUAUGUUGUCCAUAUAGAUGAUAUUUUCUAAAAAAAAAAAAAAAAUAACUGUUUGGAUUGUGUUGUCCUAAUUCAUAGUUUGUACUUGACAUGAUGCAGGGGCAGUGUUAUUCAUCUCAUCUGUGGAAUAAACCAAUACAUACAACUACUGCUGUGAUCCUCUUUGUAUCUCCCAAAGUGUCUAGAGAUGGAAUAUGAUCAAUGCAAUGCAGUUUUAACAUAUGAGAG